GCUUUAUUAUUUCUGUUCUUCCUAUAUAGGCCUCGUCAACGUGAUUUUAUUAGUUUUAUUCCCUGUCGCCUCCCCUGUCGAAACCCCUGUAUGUACCACGCUAACGAACCUACCAGGGCUCAGGUGUAGGUACGCGACUCUACCACUAUGUUGUAUCAUCUCUUCUUUUCCUCGAAGAACCCUCCAUGGCCGUGUUACUCUUGACAUCCCUGGCCUGUAGUCGGGAUGUGGCUCUAUCUCAAGCCCAAGCGCAUGUAUCGAUUCCCAAAGUCUCUCCCUUUUUCAGACUGCUGACCUGCCGGCGUGGGUAUAUGAGCGCUAACGUCAAACUCAUGAGCCUUGAGCUGGUCCUAUUGCUGCAUACGAAGCACAGAGUCUACCGCGGUCACUGUGGCGGUUUUUCGGACAAAAAGGGGAACCCACAUGGGGAUGAUGGUGGCAAUGGGGUCAAAGGUCGUCAUCUUGGACGAUCCGUUGCCUUCUCAGCAUUAACGGACCCAAUGGAAAGAGGUAAGAGAGUGAGCAUUGCGCGAGCCGGAGGGCAUGCAGUCUGUCGAGACAAACUCGGAAGGGAAUGGAUUUGGCGGACGGGACAGUGAGUGAGGGCAACACUCGCGGAAGAGCGGUUGAGAGACACAUUGACAAGGCCACAGGAAAGGAUAGUAGAGGUUGGUCUUGAGCCGCUUUCCCCGCUUGCAGGUCAGAGGGGUUGGGAAUGUUUUGCACCUGGCAUGAUCGGCUGUCCCCUCGUACCGUGUCUGGUAUUUUCGUGGACCGGGACGGACGCUGUCCGGGGCCGAUGUUCGGCAUACAGCACGGGAUUUUGCGGGGCCAAUGGCCUACAAGGACCCGGAGGAAGAGGGAGCGGCUACGGGCAAUGACUCCUCUGCUGCAGGGUGGACGUUAUGGAGCUGUCCUGGGGGGCGCUGCAGGGCGACCAAAAGGGUCCCCCGAUUGAGCUGCAGUGAUUGGUGAAUGAAAUUUUGAUAAGUGACAUCAGAUCAUCGACUCCUCCCA